CUGCCCACAGCUACUCACAUAGUCAACCUCAAGAAAUCAAUUUUCUGUUCCUACACCGCGCUUUUAAUAUGAGGCCCGACCUUCCGUCCACCAUUAUGGCCUUGAUGGCCUUCGCGCACCAUUCCAAGGCAGCGCAGUCUUCCAUUGUCUCUGGGAGUGCCCCCGGCUUCGCGGCGGGCGUGACGGGAGGAGGCGACGCGACUCCUGUCUAUCCAACAACGAUCGACGAGCUGAAAGAGUACCUCACCUCUUCUUCGCCCCAAAACAUUGUGAUCGAGGGCACCUUCGACUUUGUGGGUUCUGAGGGCACCAAAACCUAUGAGGCCUGUAACAUUUAUGAUUGCACUCCCGAUAACGGCGGACAGGCCAUUCUUAAUACACUUGGUGGAUGUGGUGACACCUCAACCUAUGACGUGACCAUCGACGUUGCAGGGUACGAGGGCAUCAAUGUCGCCUCAGACAAAACUCUGGUCGGCAAAGGAACAGGUGCUGUGCUGAAUGGUAAGGGCCUGCGGUUCGUGGGCGUCUCCAACAUCAUCAUUCAGAACAUCGAGAUCACCAACCUCAACCCGAAAUAUGUCUGGGGAGGCGAUGCCCUUACAUUCUCCGACACCAACCAGAUUUGGAUCGACCAUGUCACCACUUCAUCCCUAGGUCGCCAGCACUACAGCUUUGGACAAGAGAGCGACAAUGCCAUUACAAUCUCCAACAGCUUUAUCAACGGGAAGACCGACUACUCUGCUACCUGUGAUGGACACACGUACUGGGGCCUCGAGUUGGUCGGCUCCAGUGACCUCAUCACUUUUUACAAGAACUACGUCUACUACACUUCCGGCCGCAGUCCCGCCCUCAGUGGUAAUACACUCUUCCACGCAGUCAACAAUGUCUGGGCCGAUAACAGCGGACACGCCAUUGAAGGCACCGACAACGGAAUGGGACUCUUUGAAGGCAAUUGGUUCAACAAUGUGCCCACGAUUGUACAGAGCGGCUUUGUCGGCCAGCUGUUCAGCUCCGAGUCAGCCGAUCUAAGCCAAUGCGAGACGUACUUGGGAAGAGACUGCGUCACCAAUGCUUACACCAGCUCUGGUUCUUUCGACUACGAUGACGAUGGAUUCUUUGUCGACUUUGAAAAUUUGACCAUUGCUUCGGCUGCAUCCGCAUCUUCGAUUGAGAGUAGCGUCCCUUCGAACGCUGGUAAUACUCUGAGCAGCACGUAAGCUGCGCCACAGUGUGUAACAUGGGUGAAGAAUAC